AUGGUCGGCGGCAUCGCCGGCCUCUGGGGCGCCCUGAUCGAGGGCCCCCGCAUCGGCCGGUUCGACCACGCCGGCCGCUCGGUGGCGCUGCGCGGGCACAGCGCGUCGCUCGUCGUGCUGGGCACCUUCCUGCUGUGGUUCGGGUGGUUCGGCUUCAACCCGGGGUCGUUCCUCACCAUCCUCAAGAGCUACGGCCCCGCCGGCAGCAUCCACGGGCAGUGGUCCGCCGUGGGGCGCACCGCCGUGACCACCACCCUCGCCGGCAGCACGGCGGCGCUCACGACGCUCUUCGGCAAGCGGCUCCAGACGGGGCACUGGAACGUGCUCGACGUCUGCAACGGCCUCCUGGGCGGCUUCGCCGCGAUCACCGCCGGCUGCUCGGUCGUGGACCCCUGGGCGGCCGUGAUCUGCGGGUUCGUGUCGGCGUGGGUGCUCAUCGGUCUCAACGCGCUGGCGGCGAGGCUCCUGUUCGACGACCCGCUGGAGGCCGCGCAGCUGCACGGCGGGUGCGGCGCGUGGGGGGUCCUCUUCACGGGGCUGUUCGCGCGCAGGGAGUACGUGGAGCAGAUCUACGGCGCGCCGGGGCGGCCGUACGGGCUCUUCAUGGGCGGCGGCGGGCGGCUGCUGGCGGCGAACGUGGUGAUGGUCCUGGUGAUCGCGGCGUGGGUGAGCGUCACCAUGGCCCCGCUGUUCCUGGCGCUCAACAAGAUGGGCCUGCUCCGCGUCUCCGCCGAGGACGAGAUGGCCGGCAUGGACCAGACGCGGCACGGCGGGUUCGCGUACGCGUACCACGACGACGAGGACCCGAGCGGCAGGCCCAAGGGUGUGCAGACCUCGCAGAUCGCCAGCGCGCCCAGCGGCGAGUUCUAG